UAUAUACCCUCAAGGUUGUAGUUGAAAAGGCCUCCCCAUACAUCUAUUUAAUCAUUCGACAAAUUAAAAUCGACCGCACUUUCGAUUCAAUACGCGGUAGUUGGACGUAGGUCCUCAACAAAAUGGUCACCUUAGAGCGUCAAGAAAUCAUCGCGACAAACAAGUCGCUUCGGCUUAUCAAGAAUGAGCUUGAACAUCUCCUCGAGAAAGGCGUCCUGACCGACAAUGUAUUCGACUCGAUUCAUCGAAUGCUUCCCGCGGAGACCUCCCUCUCCGGCGCGCCGACACCUGCAACGCGGACAUCCGCAAUCGCCUCGCCGCCACCACCCCAGUCACCGCCUGUAAACUCGAUGGCAAAUUUGGCAAUCAACCAAAACCCAGCACCCAAUCCCGCACCGCCGGCUUACAGUACGACUGGUCCACCUUCCCUCCCUGCGCGCACAGGUCCUCCGCCUCCGCCGCCAACGAAGCCGAUCAUCGCCCAUGCAAGGGCGCUCUACAAAUACCAAGCAGCCGAUGACCGAGACUUGUCCUUCGAACGAGACGAUAAGAUCGCCGUGUACGAGUACAUGAAUGAUGAUUGGUGGAUGGGACGCAACAAGCGAACGAACGCCGAAGGCAUCUUCCCCAAGAACUACGUCGAGAUAGACAACAGCGAGAAGGCGGGGUUUUACGCUCUGGCACAGCCGGUAUAUGCCACGCCCGGCCCGGCGCCAGGGGGCAAUGGAGGAUACCCGCCGCCGCCGCCGCAGACGCAGAAUCCUUACAACGCGCACGUUCCUCCCAUGGCCGUGGCGCAAGAGGGUAGCGGGCAGAGCGGGCAGAGCGCAGCCCCGAGCAAAUUUGAAGAGGGCGGCAAGAAGUUUGGCAAGAAAUUGGGCAAUGCUGCCAUCUUUGGCGCGGGUGCUACACUCGGCGGAAAGAUAGUUAACGGUAUUUUCUAAGCUCAGUCGAGCCAUAGGGCGUUGUAUCCAUUAGUACAUGUUAGCGGUGCUAUUCUCCAUGAGGUAGAAGGUGUGAACAAGGGGGUUCCGCUCUAAGAUAAUGAAUGACAAGAGGGUUUUCAUGGGCAUCGGGUUGGUGGUCGAGGGCGGGCAUAUUUGUAUUUUGUUACUAACGGGUUUAUAACGUUCUUCAAGUUCUUACAGAUUGUUUCACUUAUAUUAUACCAUAUCCUUUUAUGUUUAUGGGUAUCGUGAUACUUUCGAGGUUUGUCGAAGGAUAUAAGCCCAUAUAUACAAUGUAAUAGGUACCCACAUAGCACCUGUAUGUAACCUAGGUAUAUCACCUAAUUGGGCUACGCAUUAUAUAUCUGUACCUACAUAUAUGUACAUACCUAGGCACUAAUUUCAGCUCCUUAUAUUAUGUAUCUAGGUAUCCGGGCAUUCUUUAGGUACGAAAUAAAUACUUCCAAC